UCACAUAGUUUUCAAAUAGAUAGAGAGAGAUACUCAUUGCACACGUUCACAUUGUUUUCAAAGAAAGAAAGAAAAAAAAUCAAAAUCCGUAGAGAAGGAAGAAUGGCGAAAUCUGGUGCGGCUUGUGAGGAUGGGAAAGCUGCUGCUUCUGCUAAUGAUAACAAUGUUAUCUCUCAUAACAAAGGUGCCGCUUGUGAAGGGAAACCUGCUUCUGGUGCUGAUGACUCAGAUAACAAAGGUAUAAAGUGUGAAGGGAAACCUGCUUCUGCUGAUGAUGACAGUGAUAUCUCAGACAACGAAGAUGCUCUGUCUCCAACUUCAAAAAGCCGCAAAGGUACUUUUCCCCAGAAGAAGCUGUUCUCGUUUGGAAGGCCAAUUCCGCCUUAUCUGCAGAAGCACUCCGAGGCAGUAGACAUCAACGAUGGAUUUGAAACCAGUGGGCGAGCUCAAGAGAGAUCUGCUUGGGGAUUAGAACCUGUGGCUGCGGUUUCUGCAAAAGUUGAGAAGAAAGGAAAAGCACUUGCCGGAGAGGCAGUGACUGCGGUUUCUGGAAAAGUUGUGAGGGCAAGAGCCUUUUGGAAAAGGGCGUUUGAAGUUGCUCAAAAGGAUGAUGCAGGAAAGAAAAUACACUGCUUUUCAUAUUGGCUCCAAGUUGCUGAGCAAAAUGGGCUAUGUCGCUGGCUCUGGCCCCUAGAACCUACCGUUUUACCAAAAAAUACUUGCUUGGAACAUGCGAUAGCCUUGAUCAAGAAGAGUGAAGAUGAGAAGAAGAAGAAGAAGAAGAAGCAAGACUGACCGGUUUUAGGAUGAUACUCUUUGCAAAACAUUCUUUUUGCUUAUAACUAACAGCUACUGUAAUCGUUCUUCAUUUUGAUACUACUUUUAUCUGACUUUUUUUUUUUGGCAACACCACACAUAUUCCUUGUACUUAGCUGCAUUACUUUUAGUCUUUUACCUUUGUUUUAGAAGAGUUUAUUCUGUAUGUUUCAUAACAUUUACAGUUCUUAAAAUGAAAUAAAGAAACACAACAAUGAAAAA